GCAUGGAUGACAAAGAAACAUAUGAAUAUUUUUUCAAGGCAUACUGGGAAGGUGUGAGGGUUAAAGAAGGCUUCAAGAAUGGUGUUAACUCUUCUGCACUGCCCAAUUGUAGCAAGAGCAGAAGCUCUCUUUGCAGUGAAGGUGAAGAAGAAAAACAAAAUGACUCAAGGCCAUCUGAUAGUAAUGGGGAUCACACCAGUAAGAAUACCCCCACCAAACGGAAGAGGCACAACUAUGGAAAGAGCAAAAGUUUUGUGCUUGGUAGAAAUUGUAGUGAAGGUGAAGAAGAAACACAAAAUGAAUCAGGGUCAUCAGAUAGUGAUGGAGAUCACUCCCGUAAGAAUAAGCCCACCAAACGGAGGUACAAUUCUAGAAAGAGAAAAAGUUUUUUGCUUAGUGAAGGUGAAGAAGAAAGACAAAAUGAAUCAAGGUCAUCGGAUAGUGAUGGAGAUCACUCCGGUAAGAAUAAGUCCACCAAACGGAGGUACAAUUCAAGAAAGAAAAAAAGUUUUCUGCCUAAUAGAAAUUGCAGUGAAGGUGAAGAAGAAAAACAAAAUGACUUGAGGUCAUCAGAUAGUAAUGGAGGUAAGAAUAAGCCGGCCAAGCAGAAGAGGAACAAUGUAGUGGAGUUCGUGGGAUGGGGAUCAAAACCACUCGUUAGCUUCCUUGAAUCAAUAGGAAAAUUUGAAACAGAACGAAUGGCGAUAUGGGAUGUAAAAAAAAUCAUAUUGGACUACAUUAAGGAGAAAAAUCUUGUGCACCCCGGAAACGGUAGUAAAUUCCUCCCUGAUGAAAUAUUGUUUCCAAUAUUUGGAAAGAAAGUUAUGGCUAAAAGUCAGGUAUCUUCUACACUAGAGAAGCACAUUGUGGAGAAAGUGGACGAUUCGGCUAGGAAUACAAAGGAUGAUCAAAAUGGAAACUGUUCUAAGGACAAAAAUCAUCGUGCCCAGACAGUGUCCUCAGGAAGCAAAUUGUCAGGCUUGAUUGGAAAAUCCCUAUUAAAGAAGGGGGAUAUAUAUAUUAAAUAUAGCUGCUUUGCAGCAAUUAUUGCCAAGAACAUAAAACUUGUCUACCUGAAACAGAGUUUGGUGAUGAAGUUUUCCGAACAGCCUGAAAGUUUCAAGGGUAAGGUUGUUGGAACCUUCGUCAGAGCAAAAGUGAAUUCCAAUGAUCAUAAGCCAAUGAAGUCAUACAAUCUUGUGCGAGUUAUAGGUGUUGUACAUGAUGAAGUGCAUAACGGAAUUCUCUUGCAAGUUUCCUUCAUACCUGAAGCCAUUUCCAUUUCUGAGCUCUCUGAUGAAGACUUCACAGAGAAAGAAUGCGAGGAUUUGAAGCAAAAAGUGGAAGACAGCAAGCUUCAAAAGUUGACUGUUAAGGAGCUUCAAGAAAAGGCUGAAAUUCUUCAUGAGGAUAUAACAAAGCAUCGGAUUGCAACACGCCUAGUCCAUCUGCAAAAUCAAAUUGACCGUGCAAAUCUCACAGGACGAGGAAGAGACAAGAUGAAAUUGAUAGAUGAAAGGGAAAAUCUUAAAAAACCAUGUACACAAGAAAAACUGUUGAAGAGUGUGCCAUCAGUUUCCCCUGAGCUUAUUGAAGCAAAAUACAUUGAGUCUGAUGAAGAUUAGCUUGAAAGAUGGACAGGACCUAGCUAUGACUCUUCUUGCUGUUGUCAGUUUUUUCAGUUAGACUUAAACAAGUGGUGAUGAAUCUGUAUUCUGUACUUUGUUGUGAUUUUAGUUUAUAAUUUUGGGAGCUUUAGACAAGUUUAAAACAAAAUUAUGGUUGGAGCUCAACCAUGAAACUUAUUAUAUUCACAAUUCAUGACUUUUUUGCUUGGCAAAAUUAUUCAAGAGGCCCAUGGUUUUACUUUUUUUAAGGCUUAAAUAUGUUGGAGGUCCCUCUUAAAUAGGGGUCCUUUGGUUAAGGCCCCUAUAAAAUUUUUUGGGUGGAAUAAGCCCCUAAUGUGAAAAUAAUAUAUAGUGAUAAGCCCCUGCCGUGAGGUUACGUUUAAUUUCUGAUGAUUCUGCAAACGGCACUGACAUGGAUUAUAUUUUGUGAAAAUUAUUCAAUUAAAGAGGGUGUCACGUAAGUAAAUGAGGGUUGAAAAAAAUAAAAAUAAAAAUAAAAUAAAAACCCAAGUAAAAAACCUAAGUACGUUUGGAGAUUUUAUUUUUUUAUUCUUUUCAACCCUAAUUUACUUACGUGGCACCCUCAUAAUUUCACAAAAUAUAAUCCAAGUCAGCGCCGUAUGCAGAAUCCUCAUAAACUAAACGGAACCUCACGGCAGGGGCUUAUCACUAUAUAUUAUUUUCAUAUUAGGGGCUUAUUCCACCCAAAAUUUUUUGUAGGGACCUUAACCAAAGGACCCCUAUUUUAGAGGGACCUCCAACAUAUUUAAGCCUUUUAAC